AUGGCUGCCGUGCAAGAAGAAAUAAAAAAUUUUAUUCGACGAGCUAUUAUUACAACAGAUCCACAGGAAGCUGUCACGGAGUAUUUUUUGUCGAAACAGGAAGGACGUAAUAUUAAAAAGUAUCCUGAAUGGGAUAAGCCAAGAGUUUACCCGGCAUUAGAAGUAGUUAGAGCGCGUUGUGAGUUAGCAAAAACCGAAGAGAGAUUACGUGCAAAAUGGGUCGAACAAGAGAAAAAAAGGAAAUUCAUGGACGAGCAAUGGGACGAGAUGAGACGUCAGGAAUUGGUCCUCCGAGAAUCAUUUAUAAAAUUCAAUAGAUUCGUGAGGGAAAAUCAAGAAAAACGUGAUCGUGCUGAGAGCAAGAUUAAAGAAGAACGCGAUCGUCAAUUAAAUAGAUCGGAACAGGUCAGAGAACUGAAUGAAAAAUUGGCUCGUAUGAAAGAUAUUCGCGAGAGGAUGAAGAAACACGUGGAAGAGUACAAGAAAUAUCAACAUUAUUUGGAAAAAGUUGUUAGCGAAAGUGGAGAAUUUAAUUCGAUAUCUGAUAUUUUUAAUCGUUACGAAACUCUAAUCGAAGCACGAAUAAUCUUGUCUGAGCACCAGGAUAAAAAUCUUGAGAUACUGGAGGAGAGAGGAACAGAAAUGCAUCAUAUGACAGAGCUUAAGUCACAAAAAAUGAUGGCAUUGAAUAACGCAUUAGCGCAACUACAAGCAAGGCGAGAUAGAGCAGAAGUGCAAGCUCGUAAAUGGGAGACAAUCGUGGCUGAAAUAAAAGCAACUGCGGCCGAGAAAAAUUUGGAGCACACGCAAGUAAAAACUUGUUGCUGGAAUCUGUAUCAACAGAUCUGCAAGAGAAAGGGUAUUCCCGUGACUGUGAGCAAAGACAACAUUGAGGAGCAGUUGGAUCAUAUUAAACGAACUAUUCUCGAAUUGAAACGGAUUAUGAAAGUUGCGAAGAAGCGCGCGACAAAAUAAGGGAU